GAUAAGAGUCAGAAUUCUGUGAUUUCAUUGGAUGUCGCGGCAGUCAAUCAUUAAGGUUGCUGGUCGUGGCAGCACGACAGACCGGCACGUGGGUGGCAAAACUUUUACCCGUGCCUCACUCACCUCUCAGGAGAUCAGCAUGUCACCAUGGGUUAAACCGGUUUGCCUUGUUCUUGUGGCAGUGUUCAUGUUGUCCAGUACAACAGAGUCAAAGAAAGAUGAAGCAUUGUACUGUUCAGCCUGUGUGGCGAUUGCAGAGGAGCUGAAGUAUUCAAUCAGUCAAACUGAUCCAAAAAAGACGAUUCAUGUUGGCGGAUUCAGACUUAAACCAGAUGGAAGUCUUACGGACAAAAAGGUUCCUCUUGCUAGGUCUGAGACUUACUUAACUGAACUGCUGGAAGAAGUUUGCAAUAGCAUGAGCGAUUAUGCCCUCUAUGAGGACCCGGACACCAAAGAAAAGAGUUACAAGAGAUUUGCACCAAGAGGAAAUGAUGGUGGGAAUUUUCCAGAUUUCAAAAAUUUUAAGUUUGAUGGACCAGAGAGUUCCAGCGCCUUAAAGUUUGCAUGUGAAAGCAUUGUGGAAGAGUUGGAAGAUGAUAUCAUCUCUCUCUUCGCCAGUGAGGCCGGCCAUGUGUCUAAGACUUUGUGCAGUGAAAUAUCAGGUCACUGUAAGAGCUCUGUUUUCCAGCACAGCGAACUUUAGUUUCACAUGAGCGACUGCUGAAGAACACUUAAAAACCUGGACCAAAAAAUUAAGACCUCAAAUAUUUUCCUAAUGUAUAUUAUUGUUUUGAAUUUUCUUUUUUUGUGACUUUAAAUUAUGAUGAUAAAAAAUUAUUUGACGUUAGUAAAGUGUAUUAUAACUGCUUCCACUGCAGAUAAGUGGGCACCCUCUUCCUGUAUUAAAUAUAUAUAUUUAUAAAACUACUUGGCUACAUUGGUGUUAAAUUGAUUUUAUUCCAAUGACUUGUAAUUGACAUGUUUAAUUCCUUAGUACUUUUUAAACUCAAUUUAGUUUCAGUGAACUUGAGGUGGCAUUCAUUGUAUUACCAUUGUGAUUUAUGAAGCACUUACCUGUGAUAAAAGAAAAUAAAAUAUUUCAAAUAAA